ACAGGCUUUCUGGACAACGAUGAAAGGAAAGCUGGGGUAAAUUAGAGCAAAAUGUCAUUGCAAUUGUUCCUUUUAAGCACACUUUUGGAGCCUCAUAUUUUAAUCCAUCAGAGAUAUUUAAAAACAUAUGUGGUUCUCUUCAAAAUGAGAAACAGUUGUCUUUAACUAAAGAAAGAGAGGGCAAAGAGUAAUGAAGCUCAGUAAGAUCACAAAAACAUGCCCUGUGGGAUCAGACCAAAUACCUACUGUUCAGUUCACACAUGAUUUGAAAACAGUCCGUAUGAAUGGGAUCUAGGGGUUUUGGCAGACCAUAAGUUGAACAUGAUCGACUCUAUAAUGUGGCAGCUAGAAAAGCUAAUGCAAUUCUAGGCCGCAUCAAUAGGAGUAUAGUGUUGAGAUGGAGGGAAAUCAUAAUCCCACUUUGUUCUGCUAUGAUCAGAUACCUCACAUGGAAGAAGACAGUGUCCAGUUCUGGGCAUCACAGUUCAUGAAAGGUAUUGACAAGCUGGAACGUGUCCAGAGAAGGGUGAUCAAAAUGAUCAAAGAUUUAGAAGCUGACUCCUAUUAGGAGCAGCUUAGAGAGUUGGAUAUGUUUAGCCUGGAAAAGAGAAGGAUGAGAGGAGACACAAUAGCCAUGCUUACAUGUUGGAAGGGAUGACCUAUUAAGAAGGGGGCAAGCUUUUUUUUCUGCUGCUGUGGAGACUAGGACAUGGAGCAAUGGAAUCAAAUUGCAGGAAAAGCUAUUCUACCUAAACAUUAGGAAGAACUUGUUGACGGUAAGAGCUGUUUGGCAGGGGAAUAUGCUGCCUCGAGUUUCCUUUUCUGGAGGUUAUUAAGCAGAGGCUGGAUGACCAUCUGUCAGUAGUGCUUUGAUUGUGUGUUCUUGCAUGGCAGGAUAGGUUGGACUGGAUGGUCCUUGUGUCUUCUAACUGUAUGGUUCUGUGAUGCUAUGCUUCUGUCGGUACAAUUGCAUUUUACAAAAAAUGCUCAUCUGAGGACCCUUUCAUACAGUCAUGUAACUCAGAAUAUCAAGGCAGAAAAUCCCACAAUAUCUGCUUUGAACUGGGUUAUCUGAGUCCACACUGCCAUAUAUUCCAGUUCAAAGCAGAAAAUGUGGGAUUGUAUUCAGUUGUGUGGAAGGGGCCCAAGUUAAUGAGGUAUUACAUCAUUGUAAGUAUACUUUACAGAGGGAAUUAUAUGCAAGCCAUGAUUUGUAUUAAUGCCAAAAUUAUUCCUUUCCCCACCUCCUCUAUAUAAUGUAUGGGUUAUUUUUGAUGCCCCUUAUACACUGCCAUAUAACCCAGAUCAUCAAAGCAGAUAAUCUGGAUUUUUAUGGAAGUGUAGAAGGGGCCUUUGAAGCAUUCAUACUUUCUGAGUCUAUGGAACCCUGAAGCAAAAGAAUUAUUGUUUGUUGGUAGCAUUUGGUGCCAUGUGUUGUGUAUUUAAGAGAUCUUUGUAUAGUGAGGAGAAAUGUUAAUAAUGAGUGCACAUUCAGAAUGUUUGUCUUCUCUCAGUUAGUGAAGGGAGUUAUUUUGCUUCCCUUCCAAGGUGGAGGCAGAAAAGAAGCAAUUAGUGGGCAUUGCAGAGUCAGCUGAAUAUCAUAUCCAGAUGUCUUUCUUUUUGAUGGUUCUUGGAUCACAGAAAGCAUCUGCAGAUAAUCCAGAAGAGAAAAACAGUUUUAAUUAACAAAUAGAUAAAGAUGAAUCUUCUGACACUUCAGGCUAAAAUGAAUGUUCUUUGUGGAGUACAUGCAGUUUAUUCAAUACUGGUAACCAGUCUUAGGAAUUUGCUUGAGCCUUAUUGUACAGUUAUGUUUUUGGUUUCAUUGAGCAAAUGUCCAUAAAAAUCUUCAGGGAAACCUCCAAGAGUUUUAUAUAAACCUAGUUUAGCAGUAUUAACCUAUUUGGGAACUGUUUUCUGUAACUUUGGGACUUUCAGACUUUAUCAUGUUGAGCUUCCGUAAGGACAGCUUCACAGGGACCAAUUCAGAGUUGAAGCCAGCCUACUUUGAGACCACAGGUGUUGAACGUAGGUCUUUUUGCAUGCAGAACAUGUGCUUUGCCAUUGAACUCUCUCUGUGUUUUGUUAUUUAACUAUGGGGGAGACCAUAAUAUGUAGAAAGGUUUUGAUUCAUCUUUGGGGACUUUCACUUUAAAAAGAACAUGAGUAGUAAGGCUGCAGGAGGUAUCUACCUGAGGCCAUGGAGAGAUUACACCAGUUGGAAUGGGCAGUGCUGUGGAAUUGGGAAGAAUGUCAUCUGUGACAGGACCGCUACUCCAUUGGAUGCCUUUAGGAUGAUGUCUGCUGCCCACUAUUAUCCUAAGCUCAUGAGCAUUAUGGGUAACGUUCUCCGCUUCCUGCCUGCCUUUGUGAAGAUGAAGCAGCUGAUCCAAGAGGGCUACGUUGGAGAGCUGCUGGUGUGUGAGGUACAGGUCCACAGUGGGAGCCUGCUGGGGAAAAAGUACAACUGGAGCUGCGAUGACUUGAUGGGCGGCGGAGGGUUGCACUCAGUUGGCACCUACAUCAUUGACCUUUUGACCUUCCUAACUGGCCAGAAGGCUGUCAAAGUCCAUGGGCUGCUAAAGACCUUUGUGAAACAGACGGACCACAUCAAGGGAAUCCGCCAAAUCACGAGCGAUGACUUUUGUACUUUUCAAAUGGUCCUGGAAGGAGGAGUGUGUUGCACUGUUACGCUCAACUUCAACGUGCCUGGGGAAUUUAAACAGGAUAUCGUUGUGGUGGGUUCCAGUGGGCGGCUGAUUGUGAUAGGCACCGAUUUAUAUGGGCAGAGCAAUAACUCACAACAGAAGGAGCUUCUUUUGAAGGACUCCACGCCAGUCAGCAAUGCCUUGUUACCGGAAAAGGCCUUCAGUGACAUCCCGUCCCCUUACCUCCGGGGGACAAUAAAGAUGGUGCAAGCCGUCAGGGAGGCAUUUGAGGAUCAGGAUGACCGGCGAACGUGGGAUGGGCGACCGCUCACAAUGGCUGCCACUUUUGAUGACUGUCUAUAUGCUUUGUGUGUGGUGGACACUAUUAAGAAAUCAAACCAACUGGGUGAAUGGCAGAACAUUGUAAUUAUGACCGAAGAACCAGAACUAAGCCCUGCCUACUUGAUCAGUGAAGCAAUGCGCAGAAGCAGAAUGUCUCUAUACUGUUAGCUUUUUAUUGCUAUUAUUAUUAUUAUUAUUUUGUCAAAUCUUGGUAAAUAGGAACAAGGCAAUGCAGAAAAUGUGUCUUGCUUGUCAGACAGGUAUUGGACAAGAAAGAGGAAAUAUGGGGAGGCAAUUUCUGUUGUUUAAAUCCUCACAUUGCCUAGUUGGUGCUGAAAUAUUAAAUGUGUUUGAAAUGCUUGUAAAAAUAACUCCCGACAAGCUGUUUACAAAAUAGCAUUAUAGGAGAGUAAAGCGUAACAUAUCUGCAAGUUGCAUGUGCAGAGAUGAUUAACUUGCGCAUAAGGUGAGAGCAAAUAUAUAUAUAUUCAGGGAAGUCUGGAUAGUAGUCUCAGUGUGUGUUUCCUAAUGACAAAAGGAAGGUGAAGGAGUUGUUAGUGGACACCACAAUAUUACUCACAUGGAUUCUCAGAUGUGAAAGAGCACAUCAAAUGUUAAAAGUUCACUGAGCACCUAAAAGAAAGUCUCUCUUGUCAGAAGAAAGAACCCAUGACAGUACAGGAGAAAUGAAAAAAUUCAUGUUCCUUUCUCAGCAGCCAUAGAGUUGUGAUCUGUAAUGCUGAUGCCAUUUUGCUUACAACAACAGUUAAAAAUGCUUGAUAAAAUGUAAAGGUAACUGUCUAAAUAGGCACUAAAAAGGUGGCACAGGUAUUGGCAGCCUACAUGAACCUUUUGCCCACAGAUGUAUUGGAGUGCAACUCCCAUCAAUCCUUCCAGUUGUCUUCUGUUGAGGCACCAACAGUUGCAGUACAACACAACUGGAGAGUGAUAGUUUGGGGAAGCUUGGCCUAGGCCAGAUAUGGACAACCAUGCUGUAUUGGGGUUCUAUUUCUGUGCCCUUGGGAUUGCUAGAGACUACAUGGAUAGCCUAAAAAUUAAAAUUAAAGUAGCCAGUCAGUGGAAAGAUUACAGCCUAUUUAAUAGGUAGGCACUUCUACAGCCCUUUCAAUCAAACAAAAUCCUUCUUUUAUUGCCACUGAAAUCUAUUUUGUUUGGAAAUCACAAAAUCAGUUACCCUCAUAUUACCCACCCUUGCCUAAAGCAUUCUUAACACCAUUUGCAGAAUUCCUUAGGUCAGGCAUGGACUGACCACCUGUUAAGAAUUGUGGGAGUUGAAGUCCAAAACACCUGGAGGGCUGAAGUUUGCCCAUGCCUGCCUUAGGUGCAAGAACAAUAAAAACUAAAGAGACAUGCUUUCAAUCCCUGUUUUGUUUGGUAUCAGUCAUUGUUAAUCUGCCCUGGUUAUUUAAAAAUGCUAAACUGGUCUAAGAUUAAAGAGAGGCAAGGAAGCUCAUAAAUGGCCAGGCAGUACUUUGCUGACAAAGCUUGAACAGCACUUUGAGUGUGAUAGAAAGCAUUACUUUACUUUCAGGAAUUAGUUUUAAUCCUGACUGCAUAGUUAGAUGGGGGUAUACUUAGAAUCUGCUAAAAUCCUUCUGCACCCCUGUUCAGCACCACACUAGCUAACAGUGUACAGUCAUGAGUUUUAACACAAUGAAAAGUAAUUAAAUGAAAUAUAAUUUUGGCACUGAUUAAAUCAAUGCAGGGUUGAAUUUCUUUAGGAAGGCACUGGGUGCCAGUAGAGCUUUAUUGGACUAUUCAGUAUUUUUUGUAAAAUAUAGCUCCCACUGGCCCUAUGGCUGAGGGAUUCCGGCUGCUGUAAUCUCUAAAACUAACUUUUCUAAGAUCUGAUUAUUUAUUUAUUUCGUGUCAAAAGCAUUGCAAAAUAAGUUUAAAAGUGAUGAAAUCUAAUUAUGAUCUGAUAUAAAUCAUAGGAAAUUUGGUUUUUAUACAUAAUGCUCAGUGGUUAUGACAUGCAAGUGAAAUGCUGGCUUUCUUUUGCAUUGUAUGGUCUUUACCCAAAAGAUUUGACUAAAGGAAUAUCUUGGUUUAUUCAAGAUAAACAGCAUUUAGCAUCAACUAAAGCUAUUCUCAAUUAUGCAAUACAUUAUUUUGUUUUAUUUGGGUAAAGACGUAAGUUGUCUCCCCCCCCCAAAAAAAACAACAAAAAACAAACAAAAAACAAACCACAACCCCACUGAUGGCCAGCAAGAAAAUCAUAGGAGAGAUGCAAAAUCAGAAUGCUACAACUCAUAAACAAUAAAACUCAUCAGUAGCAGAAAAAAUUAUGAAAAGCUGCCAGUUAAAAUUGGUCAGAUGAUAUGCUGGAAUGCUGGGGCAAAUUAGACCCCAAAGUUUUAUGUUUCAAGAUGUGAGCCACAUUCUUGAGCUGACAUGGACACUUGCACUGAAAAGAAAUCUAACUGUGGACAGUAGGAUCUAUUUCCUGUUAGUAUGUACCUGAAUGUAAGCUUCUACCCCACUUUGUGUUCUCUGCAGCUAGUUAACACAUCUCUCCUUCCUUCCACCUUUGACAGGUCUCCUUUGGAGCAAUGCUUUGAACAACCAUAUAGUACUGUAGUAGGCCUUCUACUGCUGGGACCCUUGUGAAAAUGCGGGAAAUGCAUUUUAAAUGCUAUUUUUUUCACUCGAGAAAACACCUCUAUAGGAAUCUCUUGGUUCUCCAGUGCAACUCUGUGGUCAACUUUUUCCAGACAUGGGCUUAUCUGCCUUGAUAUUCUAGGUUAUAUGGCUGUGUGGAAGGGCCCUAAAAUAAUCCACUUCAAAUCAGGUAAUGUUGAUUUUUUGUUUUGAUAACCCAGAAUAUCAAGGCAGAAAAUCCCACAAUAUCUGCUUUGAACUGGGUUAUCUGAGUCCACACUGCCAUAUAUUCCAGUUCAAAGCAGAUAAUGUGGGAUUUUAUUUAGCUGUGUGGAAGGGGCUUCAGAUAAUCCAGUUCAAAGCAGAUAUUCUGGAUUAUCUGCCUUGAUACUCUGGGUUAUAUGGCUGUGUGGAAGGGCCCUAAAAUAAUCCACUUCAAAUCAGAUAAUGUUGAUUUUCUGGUUUGAUAACCUAGAUUAUCUAGCACUGUAGAAGGGGCCUGAGUGCCCUUCCAGACAUCCAUCAAGGCAGAAUAACCCACAAUAUCUGCUUUGAACUUGGUUAUCUGAGUCCGCACUGAUAGAUAUUCUAGCUCAAAGCAGAUAAUGUGGGAUUUUAUUUAGCUCCAGUUGCACUGUAGGAGAGAUUCCAAGAGAAGAUAUGAAUUAAAUCGAUGAAUAAUCAAAUCUGCAAAAUGUUAAUCUUGCAAAUGUGGAAGGAUAGCUAUAUUCUUCUCCUCCUCUCUCUGUCCCACUACCUUGUCCACUUUUUGAGCAGGUAGGAUGGGUGAGUAUAGGACUUGGAAAAACCGGGUAAAGUAGCAGCAUUCCUGCUAAAAUUGCCUUUACUAUUCUUUCCUUCUGAUCCGGAGAUGCUUGUGCACAAUGGGAUGCAUCUUCUGAAGGCUGCCAUUAUUGUCAGGCAGACUUGAGAUAACUGUCUUAUUAAGCAGAUGCUGAAGGAUGCAAAGUUGUGGAGAAGGCAAUGGACUUUGUAUCCCAUCAGUGUGACAAAUCAGAAAAAGAAGUGGGAGCAAAUUAAAGAAUGGAAACAGUGAUGUACAGCUUAAAUUCAUUCUGGACGUUGUGGCGACUGAUCAAAGGUUCUCCACUUUAUGAUGCCAUGGUGCUAGCCACCAUUUCUUAAAAAGCACUUGAAGAAAGGAUGAGAUGUUUACUGUAUGACUUUUUAGAUCUUUACAAUAGGAAACAAAACUCCAGUCAAGCCUGCUGGGAUCAUACUGUUAUUUCAGUCCAUUAUGGUCAGGUCUAGCCAGGUCUUUAUACUUUUCUGCCUCUCUAUAAUGCUUUUCAGCAACAAUAUUACUGCAAAAAAAGAGUUUUAAAAAGAUGGUACCUAGUUCUGUAAACCAUUUUAGGUAUAGAAUUAGCAAACCAUGGUCGACUGAAGUGCUUGAAUCUUGAAUGAUGCCUUUUUUCCCUUUCAGUCUUCAAAAAAACAAGUGUACAUUUGUUGCUGUAUUUAAAUAUAUUUAUUGUGUUUUGCAAGGAUAUAUGUGUAUAUAUAUAGAGAGACAGAAAUACAAGAAGCAAACUAUAUCUCUAAAAUGUCAGUGCAUGGGCAUUUUGUGUACAGUAGAUAUUUUAAAAAGUUAUUUAUCAAACAAAAGUGUGAUUAAAAACAGAGUCUAUAUUUUAUAUAUCUAUAUCCUGUAGAUAGUAAGAUGAAUUGACCUUUAAAUUAUAGCAAGAGGAAACGGGGAUAUUUUAAAUAGAAACGGGCAUGUGUUGUGGUUAUCUCUAGCACUUUGACAGGCUGGUUACCUUUUCAUGGAAAGCUGCCUUCUGUGGUUUUCAGUUGCAGCAAAAUCCAACUGUCCUUCUGUUUCUUGAAAGGUUCAUGUCCAUGUGUUACUUUUUUAACUGCUUGGGGAAUGUAAUUAGCUACAGGCAGCUAUAAGAAUAGAUGUGCUACUUCCGAUAGGGUUUUCUCCUGUUCUUCUAUAUCUAUCUGCAUUGUUGGACUAAACAGAACUUAAAUGGUGAAUAAAGACAUAAAAGGAUUCCAGCA